GCAUCUUGCGCCCCUUGGACGGGAAGGCUUUGCCAACCCCAGGAAAACAGUCCCGGUCGAUGGCCGGUUGGGGGAAGAAGGAAGCGCUAAAGGAGCGCGCUCUUUCACGAAGGGGACUCGGUGAUCCAAAUUCAGCUCUGAAUUUGAUGCCUCUUGCGUGCGGCGCAGGAGGUUGCUCAUCUUCAAAAUUGCUCAUCUUCAAAACGGUUUUUUGCCAGGGCUUCGCUAAUUGACCACUAAUAGCAGUUAGUUAUGCACAUUUUAAAGACCAAGACUUAGAAAGGUACAGAAGCUUCUUUUCCACCUUUUUCCUGGCCGCAUGAAAUAUGGAAAAUAGAAUGUACGCUCGAUUAAUUUUUUUUUCCUGAUAUGACGGCAGUGGUGUACUUUUUCCAUCAGAUGGCCCCCAUUUUUUAAAUUAAAUCGAAGAAAGGUCAGGAUUAAAAAUUGAGGCCAAAUCCUUUUCAAAUGAGUGCCUUGACUGAAAUCCACGCGCAGCAUUGCUGCCGUUUCCGUUCCGUUUUGUCGGCAGCAGUCUCUGAUAACAUUGACGAGGGAUCGUGAGUAUUAAUACUGUAUUUUUAAACGUGCAGGCCUACAGCAGGAAGAGCCUUGCAGAUCAGUCACCGCAUCCUAAAAUUAGGAUUAGGAAGUGCUAUGGAAAGGCUGGCCAAGGACAAAAGUCUAUUUGCUAUUUUUUGUAGAAACGGACGCUUGGCGCUGCGUUUCCGGGUUGUGGCCCUCCCUCUCUCAGCUGCCCAUCUGCUGGCCGUUCGUCUCUUCAGGAAGUGAAUCCAGCUCUUUAAUCCACUGGCCUUAUGGCAAGGGGAGCGCUAGGGCAUUCGGCUUGGCUCCCUGCCUGGAUGACAGGGAUUUCAGGCAAUGUUAAAAAGCAUCUUAGACUUUGCUGUUGGAAAGGCUGUCACCAAGUGGGAAAUAGAGGCCAAAUGACACAUUAAUGAUGCCAGGACGUGUCUGCUGCUGCUGUGCUGCCCUGCGCCCUCGAUACAAGCGCCUGGUGGAUAACAUAUUCCCCGAAGACCCCAAAGAUGGCCUCGUCAAAUCCGACAUGGAGAAACUGACCUUCUAUGCGGUCUCUGCCCCAGAGAAGCUUGAUCGAAUCGGCGCCUAUUUAGCAGAAAGGCUGAGCCGGGAUGUCAUCCGGCACCGCUAUGGGUACGUAUUCAUUGCAAUGGAAGCCUUGGAUCAGCUCCUCAUGGCUUGCCACUCGCAGAGCAUCAAACCCUUUGUGGAGAGCUUCCUCCACAUGGUGGCCAAACUGCUGGAGUCUGGAGACCCCAAACUGCAAGUCCUGGGAACCAACUCUUUCGUCAAGUUUGCAAACAUUGAGGAGGACACACCUUCCUAUCACCGUCGCUACGACUUCUUUGUGUCUCGCUUCAGUGCCAUGUGUCACUCCUGCCAUAAUGAUCCAGAAGUACGGAAUGAGAUCCGGAUCGCCGGCAUCAGGGGCAUCCAGGGGGUAGUGCGCAAGACGGUGAACGAUGAGCUCAGAGCCACCAUCUGGGAGCCUCAGCACAUGGACAAGAUUGUUCCCUCGCUGCUCUUCAACAUGCAGAAGAUGGAAGACCCCGACGGUCGAAUCGGGCCACCCUCCUCUCCGACGGGUGAGAAAGAGGAGAACCCUGCUGGGCUGGCCGAGAAUUGCUUCCGGGAGCUGCUGGGGCGUGCAACCUAUGGAAACAUGAGCAAUGCCGUCCGGCCGGUCUUUGCACAUUUAGGCCAUCACAGACUGUGGGACCCGAAUGAAUUUGCUGUCCAUUGCUUUAAGAUCAUUAUGUACUCCAUACAAGCACAAUACUCCCAUCACGUAAUACAGGAGAUCCUGGGGCACCUUGACAGCUGCAAGAGAGACUCUCCCCGUGUUCGGGCUGGGAUCAUCCAGGUCCUUUUGGAGGCGGUUGCCAUUGCCGCCAAGGGAUCCAUUGGACCCACCGUUCUGGAGGUGUUCAACACCCUGCUGAAGCACCUGAGCCUGAGUGUGGAUUUUGAACUGGGCAACAGGCGGGGCUCCAACGGCAGUGCUGCCCUCGCCCCCCCCUCCAAAGAAAACGAUGAGCGGAUAGUCCAGAACGCCAUCAUUCAAACGAUCGGUUUCUUCGGAAGCAACCUCCCAGAUUACCAGCGGUCAGAGAUUAUGAUGUUUGUCAUGGGGAAGGUCCCUGUCUUUGGGGCAUCCUCCCAGACCUUGGACACCAGCGAGCUUGGGGAUUUGGGAACCAGGAGGAUCCAGAUAAUGCUGCUGCGGUCCUUGCUGAUGGUGACCUCCGGGUACAACGCCAAGAGCAUCGCCUCAGUCCUCUCAGCCCCCUUCCUGGAUCCUCUGCUCUCCCCGUCCCUCAUGGAGGACUGUGAGCUCCGGCAGCUGGUCCUGGAGAUACUCCACAACCUCAUUGAUCGGCACGACAACCGAGCAAAGCUUCGAGGGAUAAGAAUCAUACCUGACGUGUCCGAUCUGAAGAUAAAGCGGGACAAAAUUUCACGGCAAGAUGUGAGCUUCAUGAAGAAGCAUGGCCAGCAACUGUAUAGGCACGUUUACUUGGGCUGCAAAGAAGAUGACAACGUGCACAAGAAUUUUGAACUGCUCUACACGUCGCUCGCUCUGAUAACAAUUGAGCUGGCAAACGAAGAAGUGGUCACUGACCUCAUUCGCUUGGCCAUUGCUCUGCAGGAUAUGGCCAUUCUUAAUGAGGACAACUUGCCAAUGUUCAACCGCUGCAGCAUCAUGGGACUGGUCGCCGCGUACCUCAACUUCCUGAGCCAGAUGAUAGCAGUCCCCGCCUUCUGCCAGCAUAUUAGCAAGGUAAUUGAAACUAGAACGGUGGAAGCUCCAUACUUUUUGCCGGAAACCAUAUUUCGAGAUAAGUGCAGCAUUCCCCAAACCUUUGAUAAAGACGACAAGAGCUUGUUUUUCCUGACUCACAAGAUCGCUGAAUCCUUGGGAGGCAGCGGCUACAGCGUGGAAAGGCUGUCUGUGCCUUAUGUGCCCCAGGUGACAGAUGAGGACAGGCUGUCCCGAAGGAAGAGUAUUGUGGAUACGGUGUCCAUUCAGGUGGACAUUCUUCCUGGCAAUGGCGCAGAAGAUAAGGUCAACAGCAUGGAGGAAAUUACCUUUGAAGCACUGAAGAAGGCUAUAGAUAAUACUGGCCUCGAAGAGCAGGAGAAGGAGAAGAGGCGCCUCGUAAUUGAGAAGUUUCAGAAAGCCCCCUUCGAAGAGAUCGCAGCCCAGUGUGAAACCAAGGCAAACCUCCUCCAUGACCGACUGGCUCAGAUAUUGGAGCUCACCAUUCGCCCCCCUCCCAGUCCUUCUGGAACACUGACCAUCACUGCGGGAUGCCCCCAUUACCAAUCUGUUCCCGUCUAUGAGAUGAAGUUUCCAGAUCUUUUUUGACAGCGCAAUCACAGCUCUUAGUGGAGGACGAAACCGCCUCUUUCGCACAGCAUUCCCCUGUGAUUGCAGCUGCUCCGCCCUCCCGCCCUGCUCAGACGAGGCGCAGCGCCCCUCGCAGGACGCCCGGUGCCUUUUCUUGGCACCCUUAGCGCCCCCUUUUUGGUUUUGGAAGGUAAGCUGUAUGGGCGUCUGAUGUCAUCCCAGUGGUGUCUUGCUGAAAAGCAAAAGGCAAGGGGGCCCUCCACACAGCUGUCUUUUUCCGGAGCGUGGCUGCUUUUGCACAAAAUCAGAGGAAAGGCCGGAUGCCCUCUCAUCUUCACCCGGGCAGCCUGUGGCCGGUCCUGCUCUGUCCCGCCGCUUCCCACUCAGCUCUGCAUGCCACAGAUGCCUCGCCUUGCCUUGCCUUGCCUUUCAUGCCCCAUCCGCUGAACUGCAUCCAUGUUUCGUUGUUGUAUUCCACAGUGGAACUUCUACAUUUCCCACACUCUUGUUGCUCUUGUGUGGCGUUUAACGGGGUGGGGAAACGCGCAAACAGAAGCGGUCAUCUUUUGAGGAGGGGCUGCCUCCCUGGGUCUAAAAGUACUCAUUCCAUUGUGCAUUACGCUGGCAUGGAAGAGCACAGUAUCCUGUAUAGACAGUGUCCUGACGCUGGUCAAGGAAACCAACCCGGCCCCCUGGCUGGCUUUGUGACAACUCCUUGGACUCCAAGAGCUCUGGAGAGUGUCCGAUGCAAAGGCCUGCGUACUUGAUCAACUGUGCUCAUGGCAGUGUUGGUGUUGCUUGAAUGUUUGUCAUUUGGAAGUCCUGCUGGUAGUUUUAUAUAUUCCAGGCUGUUCCUCAGCAUUUCAGCUACUAUAUUUAAAAGAAUGCAUAGCUUUUCAUAGGCAUUUUAUUUUAACGCAAAAAUGAAUAUUGUUCUACUACAGAGGACAGUCGUAACAACUGAAUUAUCUGUUUCACCAAUGCUUCGGUAGAUGCAUUCUGCGCUCUCUGUAAUGAGCUGUUUGAUUAAAUGUAAGAACACUGUGCAAAUCCACUUGUAAGCAAUAAAAUUUUACAUAAAGGAGGAAUCACACAA